GCUUUGGGCCAAACACGAAUGGAGAACACUGUUGCAGAGGUGGGAAUCGAAUUCAACAGAAAUACCACACCUGCAGAAAUCCCACCAGCUUCUGAUGUUGUACAAACCUUAGUAAAUGCAGUGAAUAAUCCCAACAUUACGCUCAACAUCACUAUUCAAGCCAACACUAUCCAAGUACUUGAUACAAAUGCAAUUACCAAUGCCACAACAACUGCAGCUCCCACAACAUCCACCACAACUGCUGAGGCAGUUACAAUAAGGCGGGUGACUUUCAGAUCUCCUAGAGAGACCUUUACAAAUGAUUUGCUGAAUCCCUCAUCUCAAGCAUUUAUCAAUCGGGCUAAUCUGCUCAAGUCAAAUCUGGAACCUUUCUACCAAAGAGCAUUUUCAUCAUUCCGCUUCUUGACUGUGGUAUCAUUCAGUAACGGAUCAAUCAUCAACAACAUGGACCUCACGUUCAGAUCCACAUCUGUUCCUAACAACACUCAGAUAGCCACAGUUUUGAUCGAUGCAUCUUCCAACAUCACAGCCUUUACCAUUGACACCAACUCUAUUUUUGUGGAUGGUGCAGUAGCGUCAAGUGGAGUGAGCCACAUGAUCAGUUCCAUCACUGCAUCCUGUCUGGUGUUGCUGUCAUGGCUACUGUCAUGCCAGUGAUAGUCUGUGCUGAAGAAGAAAAUGUCUGCUGCUACUAGUAUAAGAAAAUCUUCUUGAAAAUCUUGAAAACUGAUUCAAAGCCUCUGAUGAAUAGCAAUUAUAUGAUUUUGACUAUGUAUAUACUGAAAUCACCUGACAUUCCUGAAAUCACAUAUAUGAAGGAAACAAGUGUAAACACCACUUUACUCUGUUAUUAUGAAAGAAUAAUGUAAUUUGCACAAAGACAAUAUUAACUGAUUUAGUUAGAAUAGUUGUAAGUUAUAAUCAACAGUGAUUACAAAGGCAAG